AUGUUUAAAGAAAAAUAUUUACGACGAUUGGAAAUCACAACAUCAAAAGAUGUUUCUCUUAUGAAAUUACGAAAUGAUCCACGUGUACCAUCUCAAUCGGAUAAUUCUAUUUAUGAUCUUUAUACUAUUCCAAAAGAUGCUGUACUGGAAGAUUGUCGUUCAUCUGAUUUAAAUGCUACAUGGGUUGCUCGAAAUCAAUUUGUUGUCCCUGAUAAAAAUCAUGUUGGUAGUUUAAAUUCGUUUGUUUCUUUUUUUAAUUGUUUUUCAUUAAUUUUUUAUAGUGGUACACGUCUUUUAUUAAUUCGUGAAAAUGGUCAUCUUAGUUUAUAUGAUGCUCAGCAAAAACGUUCAGCAUAUGAUUCAGUUGUUUUUUUACACAACAUCAAGGGAUAUUAUUUAUGCGCACUUAUUAAUGGUGAUCAUGAAAUUAUUUGUACACUUGAUUUACCUAUUUAUGUAACAAAACUUCAAGGAAAUAGUGUUUUUGUUUGGAUAGAGAAAAAAUACGAUGAAGUAAAAUUUACAAAUUUCUUUUCAAAACUCGUGUUAGGUGCUUCAUAUUUUCAUUUUGUACAAGAUGAAAAAAAAGGGUUUGGAUUACCACUUGAAUGUGGAGAUAUUGAUGUAAAUUAA